AUGGCAGCUGUGCAGGAGCUCGCUCACCGCGUCAAGGGCGGCGCCGACAAGUUCUACGUCGACACCGACUCGGGCGCCGACGACGCGGCCGCCGACGGCUCAGAGGCCAAGCCCUGGAAGUCGCUCGCCUACGCCUACAUCCAGAACGUCGACCGCCCGGCCGCCCAGUACCUUGUCCGCGCCUCCGUCACGGGCGCCCUGGGCCCGGACGAGGACCCGGCGGCCCGGCUGGCGUGGAAGGAGCCCGCCAAGAGCGCCGUCAAAAAGGCCCAGAGCGCCCUCGAUGUGCACAGGAAGAAGCUGGUCAAGCAGCAGCAGGCCCAGGCCGCCGAGGACGCCCGCAGGCAGCAACGCCUCGACAACCUCGAGGCCUCCAAGAAGAUUGUGCUCGCCGAGGACGCCUCGCUGCCCAAGGCCGUCAAUAUGACCAUUGCCGACAAGGGCGUCGCGCUGGGCGACGGCGCCGGCCGCGAGGGCUCCCGAGUCCGCGUCUCGGGCCGCAUCCACCGGCUGCGCGCCCAGAAGCAGGCCACUUUUAUCACCCUCGUCGACGGCGGCGGCCACCUGCAGUGCGUCUUGCAGGCGGGCGACCUGACCAAGACGUACGACGCCUUGACCUUUGCCCAGGGCACCUCGCUGACCCUCUUCGGCGAGAUGCGCGAGGUGCCCGCCGGCCAGCAGGCCCCCGACAACCGCGAGCUGCACGUCGACUACUACCAGGUCAUUGGCACCUCGCCCGGCGACGACGAGGCCAUUACCAACAAGGUGUCGUCGACGCAGAACCAGUGGGACCAGCAGAUGCUCGACAACCGGCACCUGGUGCUGCGCGGCGACAACGCCUCGGCCCUCAUGAAGCUGCGCGCCCACGUCGAGUGGGCCUUUAUCAAGGCCUACCACGACAUGAAGUUUGUCAAGGUGUCGCCCCCGGCCCUGGUGCAGACGCAGGUCGAGGGCGGCGCCACGCUCUUCACCGUGCCCUACUACGAGGAAAAGGCCUACCUCACCCAGUCCUCGCAGCUCUACCUCGAGACGGUCCUGCCCAGCCUCGGCAAUGUCUACUGCAUUGAAAAGUCGUUUCGCGCCGAGAAGAGCCUGACCAGGCGCCACUUGUCCGAGUACACGCACGUCGAGGCCGAGCUCGACUUUGUCGACUUUGACGACCUCCUGGUGCACCUCGAGGACAUCAUCUGCCGCGUCAUCGACACGGUGCUCGACGACGCCGAGAUGGCGGCCCUCCUCAAGGAGCUCAACCCCAGCUUCAGCCGGCCGUCGCGGCCCUUUAUGCGCAUGAAGUACUCGGACGCCAUUGAGUGGCUCAACAAGCAGGACCCCCCCAUCCCCAACGAGGAGGGCAACCCGCACGUCUUUGGCGACGACAUUGCCGAGGCGGCCGAGCGCAGGAUGACGGAUGCCAUCAACCGGCCCAUUUUCCUCACGCACUUUCCCGUCGAGAUCAAGGCCUUUUACAUGAAAAAGGACCCGAGCGACGUGCGGGUGACGGAGAGCGUCGACUGCCUGAUGCCCGGCGUCGGAGAGAUUGUCGGCGGCUCCAUGAGGAUGGAGGGCUAUGAGGAGCUGCUGGCGGCGUACGACAAGCAGGGCAUCCCGGCCAAGGACUACUACUGGUACACGGAUCAACGCAAGUACGGCACGUCGCCUCACGGCGGCUACGGGUUGGGCCUGGAGCGCUUCCUCGCGUGGAUGGCCGCCCAGCACACUGUGCGGACGACGUGCCUGUAUCCCCGAUACAUGGGGCGCUGCAAGCCGUGA